AUGGAAGGCAUCCAAACCCAUCCUUCUACAGCCGCACAGGCCAAGGCUUUCACGGCUCCCGGCUCGCUCUCCUUUCCCGGAGGCGCCGGCGACCUUACGCCGCCGUCGUACGACGCUGAGAAAGCGAACGGUCAGCGAUUGGCGAAUGGCGUCAUUCAGCAACCUGCUAACGGUACCGGGGUGACUCCCGCCACACCCGCAGCUACGCCUGCUGCUGUCCAGGGAGGAAGUGGUCUGACUCCCACCUUGCAGAAUAUCGUCGCCACGGUUAACCUUGAGUGCCGCUUGGAUUUGAAGACGAUUGCACUACAUGCUCGCAAUGCCGAGUACAACCCUAAGCGUUUCGCCGCCGUGAUCAUGCGAAUCCGUGAGCCUAAGACGACCGCUCUUAUCUUUGCCUCAGGCAAGAUGGUUGUCACUGGUGCUAAAUCCGAAGACGACUCUAAGCUUGCAUCGCGCAAGUAUGCUCGUAUCAUCCAGAAGCUUGGCUUCAACGCCAAGUUCAGCGACUUCAAGAUCCAGAACAUUGUCGGUAGCUGCGAUAUCAAGUUCCCCAUUAGGCUCGAGGGUUUGGCAUCGCGCCACCACAAUUUCAGCUCCUACGAACCUGAACUGUUCCCCGGUCUUAUCUACCGUAUGAUCAAGCCUAAGAUUGUGCUUCUGAUCUUCGUCAGCGGCAAGAUCGUCUUGACCGGUGCCAAGGUCCGAGAAGAGAUCUACCAAGCUUUCGAGAUGAUCUACCCCGUCUUGCAAGAUUUCCGCAAGGUCUAA